AUGGAUCAGAUUUACAAGUAUGGAUCUGUUGUGUCAAUUCCUUUGUAUAAUUGCAGUCAUCAACUUCUAACUUCUGAUGAAUGGUCCGAAAAGUAUGGGGUUCGUCGACCUGUCAUCGGUGUCAUUGAGGCAACUUACGGAAUCCUAAUAAAUAUGUUCUACAUUCCCGUUUUGUUUGUGAUGUUUGAGAAGAAACAGUUCAGUAUGUCAUGCUAUAAAAUUAUGGCUCUUUUGGCAACUGUCGAUUUUGGCUCCAUCUCAAUAAACUGUAUAAUCACAGGCUUCUUGGCAUAUCAGGGAGCCGUGUUCUGUUCGUAUCCAAAUUUAAUCUACAUCUCCGGGACUGUUGGCAAAUGUUUUUGGUAUUGCUCGUGUCUCACGACGAUUAUUCUUGUUACUAAUAGAUCGUUGGAUUUGACAUUCCCGUCCGUUGGAUAUGUAUUAUUCGAUGAAAAACGGACUUUUAUACUGCUCACAUUUCCAAUUUUAUAUGGAAUAUGGUUUCUCUGGUACAAUCCACCAAUUGUCUUCACUUCGAAGUUUCAUUCUUGGUUUUACGACCCAAUGAUUUUCGAGGGAAGAGCCGUCGAGUAUGAUAACUUUCCUAUUUUGUUCAAUAAUAUGUUGGUUGUGACAACUACGUGCUUCUUGUACACAGUGUUUUGUUGUGUUCUACUUGCAAAAGGAAGAAGUGUGAAAGCUGGAUCAACGUCUAAAACUGUGAGCCAUCAAAUAGUCUUCCAGUCCACUCUAAUCUGUGCCGUUAAUUUUCUGACUUCUGGGAUAUAUGUGAUAAUAAGCUACGCGAAUUUACCACUUUGGAUCAUUGUCGGCGGGCAAUUUUUGUGGCAACUUGGCAGUGCUUCUCCUCUUUUUAUUUAUCUAGUUUUCAAUAAAACUAUCAGAAAUGGGGUGAAAGCAAAACUUGGAAUAAAGAUAAUGCGGCGAAAGAAUACAAUCAGCACAAUUCACAAGAGCAGUACUUCCAAAUAUUCAAGACGCUCCACAAUUCGCUCCGUACAGAAAAUAAGUGUAUAA